AUGCCUCCAAACAGCGAGUUCACACGAAGCGAAGCUAUUCCCGGUGAUACGACGCCGGACCUUUCCUGCCUCAGAGGGAAGAGCGUCAUCCUGACAGGCGGAGGUUCUGGCAUCGGCGAGCAAUACAUGCGCCACUUCGUGGCAGCUGGCGCUUUUGUCACCUUCAGCGAUAUCGUUGAGGACCGAGCACAGAAGCUAGUGAGCGAGCUUGGUUCGGAGAAUGUGGCUUUCGUGCCUGGCAACGUACUGGUAUGGCAAGACCAAGUCAAACUUUUCAAGGCGGCUCUCGAAAGGUCACCAAGCAAGACCAUCGACAUCGUUAUUGCCAACGCUGGCAUCGGUCUUCUCGAUGACUCCCUCAUACACACCGAAGAUUCCAAUGGCGAUCCAGUUGAGCCCGAGCUCACUACCCUCAAAGUCAACAUCAUUGGUGUAUUUUACACCGUCAAGCUGGCCAUGUACUACUUCCCGAAGCAGCCUGAGGGUGAAGAUCGGGACCGAUGCAUUAUUAUGACUGCCAGUCUUUCUGGGUACCUUGACCAUGCGGACGCGCCUCAGUACAAUGCUUCUAAGCAUGGCGUUCGGGCAAUCAUGAAAAGCAUUCGUCGGACUGGACCGGCACAAAACAUCAGAAUCAAUCUGAUUGCGCCUUGGUUCAUACAGACGAGCCUCGCCCCGCAGCAGUUCUGGGACGCAGUCAGAGCUACUGGUGCGGAGUUCUGUGACAUCAAAGAUGCCGGCAAAGCUGCAACUCAUCUAGCUUCGGACAAGCGCAUCAAUGGACGAGCGCUGGGAAUUGUUCCCAAAUCAUUCCAACAACGUGGAUAUUUUGAUCUCGAAGUGGACGACUGGAAUGACGAGAAUUAUAUGACAGCGUAUCAGAAAGGUUUAGUGGGGAGAAACGCUGCAUCGAAGCAUGAAGCGGAGCAGAAAGAGCCAUCUGCACUCGAUGUAACUUCGAAUCCUGCUAUCGAAGCAUAG